GGGUAGACCUCCCAUAAAAAACGAACGAAAAAUAUACCUUAACCCAUACAAAACAUGUUUUGACAAAAGCAGUCACAAAAAUGAUUAUGUAGAGAAGAGUAGCCUUGCUAGUUACACUAAUAUCAAAUGUUUUAUCCAUAAACAAAAACAUAUUUAUAGCGAGCUAACAUCUCCGAUACAUAAAUCUCCGGCUAGAACCUAG